AUGCUCACACUUCAACGUUUUGUAGUCUCAGCACUACUUAUCUUAACUGUUACCUUCCUCUUCUUCGCUCAAACGGCCGAAGCUGCCAAAGGACCAAAGAUCACCCACAAGGUCUACUUCGACAUCAGCCACGGCGAUGAACCCAUGGGUCGUGUUGUUCUAGGUCUUUAUGGCAAAACCGUCCCUAAGACUGCUGAGAACUUCAGAGCUUUGGCAACUGGCGAGAAGGGAUUUGGAUAUCAAGACUCUACUUUCCACCGUGUUAUCAAGGGCUUCAUGAUCCAAGGAGGUGAUUUCACAAAGGGUGAUGGAACCGGAGGCAAAUCAAUCUACGGAGCUAAGUUCCCCGAUGAGAACUUUAAGUUGAAGCACUCCAAGAAAGGUCUUCUCAGCAUGGCCAACGCCGGAAAGGAUACCAACGGUUCCCAAUUUUUCAUUACUACUUCUACUCCCGGCCAUCUUGAUGGUAGACACGUCGUCUUUGGCGAAGUUUUGGAGGGAUAUGAGAUCAUCGAGGCAAUCGAGAACGUAAAGAAGGGAGGAUCAGAUAGACCAGUUGAAGCUGUCAAGAUCACCGAGAGCGGGGAAUUACCAGUACCAGAAGAAGAUGUGUACGGUACUGCUGAAUUUCAACCCGGCAUGGAAGAAGUCGAAGUUCCUCUUGCACCAACCGAUCCUUCCACUCCUGCUGCUGCCACCGCAGUCAUUCCAGUUGUUGGUACCCCACCAAAAACCGAGACAGAGGAGUUUGGCUAUGCUGAUGAGGCUGGUUACACUCUUAUGCAAAAAGGGUUAUUUUUGGCUGUUAUUUUAGGAUGUGUGGCCUUCUACGUGCGAAUGAAUAGAAGGAGCAAGAAGUUUGAGAGGUCAAUCGUCUAG